AUGCAGUAUGCAAAACCGCGUAUGAAUUACUACCGAAGCAACACCGAUUUUGAGAUGCCCACUGAAUACAUCGACCUUAUCGAGAAGUAUCUGCGGAUUGUUCCACACAUAACACAUUGUGAACCUGACACUGCAGAUCUCCUGCAACCGACACUGUGGCACAGUGACCUCCAUCUUAACAACAUCUACGUUGACCUCGACACAGAAACGAUUACUGAUAUAAUGCACUGGCAGAGUAUAACUGUUGCUCCGCUGCUCUUGCAAGCUAAGAUACCUCGGAUGGCUCGGCACAUCAAUCCACUCCCACUAGGCUGGGUGAUGCCGGAAAAGCCAGAGGGCUACGAGACGUUCUUCCAGAAGGAUAAGCUCAAGGCAGAUAAACUCUAUGAGAGCGCCCUAUGCCAGAAGUACUACGAGGUUUGCACUGCCAAGAAGAACCAGCGACACUACGCUGCUAUGUGUCAUAACGAUACGUGGAAGUCACCUCUUAUUCUCCCGUUAAAAUCAAUAAGCGGGGCUUGGUCCUCGAGAGAGGUCUUUAUGUUACGCUCCUCAUUGAUGGAAGUUGUGGAUCAUUGGGCGGAAAUCCAACCUGCAGCGGAUUGCCCUAUCUCCUUCACAGACGAAGAAAGAAACUUGCAUAACGAAGAGAUGGAGAACCGUGACUACAUUGAGGGACUCAUGGAAGAGUUUCAAGGAGCAGGAAUCUUGCCAAGCGAUGGGAUUGUUGAUCCUGAGGACUAUGAGGUUGUGCAGAAGACAAACUACGCACAAAAGGAAAGGUUCAUGUCGUUAGCAGAGGACGAGGAACAGAGAGAGUGGAUGGACAAGAUUUGGCCUUAUCAGGACCGGGCCAGUGAAGCAUGA